ACAAUCCUUCAACUUAAUUCAUUUAAGUAAUAAAUAUUAUUUUUUAUGAUUUUCACAGAAUUAACUUAUCCUCCUUGUAUGGAGAUGUUGUCAUUGCUCUUGACACAGAAAUGGAGAAGCACAUGGAAUUGAUUGAUUCAAAACUACCAAAGAGUAAGUCGAGCGAAACUUGCGGAGACUCAAUUUUCAAGGCAGCGAGGUCUGAUGCUGGGAAAUUCAAAAAGUUGGACGAAACUGGUAUUAUGAUGCGAAGCUGCCGACAUGGCAUUGUUGACAAGGCAGUUAACAUACAUCAUGGAGAAACAUUUAGACACACACAUUUUAUACACCUUGAUCUCCCAGAAAAGGGGUGUACUUUCCUUUGUGGCGAUGUUAUGUGUCGAUAUUGGGAUUGGGCCCAGAAAGUUGCAUCACUUUUUCCAGAAUACAAACCCAUGGUCGAUGAAAUGAAACCGUUUCUUGGAAGAAUGCACGCUAAAGUACACGUAUGGUACUGCCAGAUAUUAUGGGUUGGGCAUUGGAUGCCAGAAGCCGCUUUAACACUUGGUGAAGAACAGGAACAAGUGUUUUCUAAAAUGUCAAGAUAUGGAAGCGUUACAAAACAUAUGGGGAUAGCAAAUCGCCGCGACCAUUUAACUUCAGCCAUUCUUUUUUGGAACGAGCAAAAGGAGAAAGGAAUUAUCAAUCAACUUCUGAAAAGAAAAGAAAGGGCCUUAAAACAAAUACAAAUUUCAAAAAAUCAGCUGGAAACUGACAUGGAGAAACAUAAAUUCGAACUUCUUGAGUUUCCGAUUCUUCUCGGCGAAUUACGAAGAGCUGCAGAAGAAUGCAAAUGCACCUGAUUAACAUGUAGUGAAUUAAAAGAAUUAAAUUACUAAAAUUACAUUCAUCUUAGCUGGAAAGGAAAACACUGGAGAUGCGUCGCCUUUAAACCAGGCUCAAAAGUCUGUGGAAGGCUACAACGCUCACAUGAAAAUUCUUAAAUCGCGAAUUUCUAGAAUUGCUACGACAUCCGGACAAAGGAUUAAACUUAGAAAAGACAUCCCCUUUAUGUCAAAAAAGAGAUCCAAGCUUAUUGCGUUUAUUAAUGCCAAUUCA